GUUAAAAAUGGAGCAUAGAAUAAGGUUUACCUCCCGACCCACACUUCCCGACUCACUCACAUGGUCAGAUGACAACCAAAUAGCAGUGAUUACGUUCAAAGCGGUCAACAUUGUGACUCCUCAACACAAAAACCGGACCGUUGAACUUGUACGGACGAGUAUAUUGAAUACAGCGGCACCAAAGAGGGAACACAGCCUAGCUCCACAGUUGCAGAAAGUCGAAAAUGAGGAUAUUCGAGCCGCCCAUGUGUGGAGGGAAGGGUUUAGAUGCAUGGCUUGGUCACCAACCGGAUGCUCAUCUAUGAAGGGAUGUCUACUUGCGACAGUCAGCACACAUCAUUCGGUACUCUUAUGGGCUCCAAUGGAUGAUCCCGCUACGGCAGAAUGGGAACAGAUUUGCGAUCUAUCUGACAUGUUGCGCGCUAGAUGUGAAGCAGACAACAACGAAGCAGACCUGUCUCCCCAGCAUCUCAGCUCGCUAUCCGUUAUCUCCAUCGGGUGGUCGCCGCUCAACUUGAACCCGAAGAAGCCCACGUUUUCUCUAAUAGCACUUGGGUCGAAAGACGGGACAGUCAGCCUUUGGAGGUAUCGGGAAGGUGAAAUAACACAUUGUGGGACCUUUUCGGCGCAUAGUGCAUGGGUCAGCAGUCUAAGUUGGUCUGAUUGGACUACUGCCAUGACAGGAGAGUCAUAUGCAUAUCUGGCUACCAGUGGAUCUGAUGGCUCAGUGAAGGUGUGGAUCGUUAAUCUCAAGGAUCACGAGAUGUUUGAGUGUGAUAUCAAGCUCCAAUCCGACGUGUUCCGACCCGAUGCUAGAGGAGCAUCUCUUAUCAAGUUUCUGCAUCCUUCGGUCGUCGGGAAAUCCAUCCGACUGGUUGCGGCCAAAGGCAGAAUAGUAAGCCUAUGGUUUGCCCCAUCAGGGGAGUCGGAAAUAUUGAAGGAUAUUAUCACCUAUAAACUUCCGCCUACGAUGUCGGUUGGAGGUGUGGUGUGGGGUUUGGAUGGGGAAGAGCUCAGAUUGUACACGGUCGAUGGUCAGUGCUACGUGUUGGCACUUGAGGACUUGCCACAGGAAAGGCGUAUGGUUCUUGUAGAGGAUGGAACGGCACAUCUUCACCGCGAACUCCUACACACCUCAUCGUCGGCAGCCGAUAUGGAUGAUGAUGAUCGCGCGAACACUGACGAAGGCGUUGAUCUCGAAGUUGCUGGUACUCAAAGCAAACAGCUACGGAUAUUUGGCGCUGCAACAUCCGGAAAUAGUAUGUUUGAUGCCAUAGUUUAUUGCGUGGCAUCCUCAUCCGACAUGGAGUACAGCACAGAAAAGUCGCUGAUCUCUCACUUGUCGUUGCGACCAACAUUUCCACAGAGUGGGGAAGAGUUUGAGAAUGAGCUGGUUGCUCGCAUUGAAGGAAUUAUGCGAAAAGAGGACAUAAUGCUGCAGUGGCCAUCGGCGUUUUUACUCUGGGACGUCAUACAAUAUUGUGCAACGGACUUGGCACAGUGGGCGAAUAUGGAAGAUACCUUUCUGCAUCGCCUGAUAGGAAUCAUGCGAGAUUUUUACAUAAGUUCUGAUGGUACAGCUGCUGGGAUCACCAAUAGUGUGAAGGGAGGUCCAGGUCUGGAUAGCCUUGUACAAUCAUAUUCCCAUCACUUGUUUGUCAAUCGUAAUAUCAACGCACUACGACUGAUGAACUAUCUGUGCCUAACCAUCAAAGUGCCUCGACUGGAACUAGGAGCUCGGCUGAAAUCUAUUGUGACGAACAAUAGAAAGCUGCUGCUUCAGCAUUACAUAAAAGAGACAUUGAUAUUUGUUGAAAAAUGCUUACAGCUUCCCACCAUGUUACCUUCUGCGUCCGAUGUCGAGAUCCUACGACUUAACACCAACUAUGUCUUCAAUAAUUGCCGCGACCCUGCCCUCAAAUCCUCACUUCCCGUACUCCAAGCCAUUCAUCAGCACUUGAAAGCAAGAAGGGCGGCCGGUGCACAAUCAUACCCGUAUGACCCAGAUGGGGUCAUAUCUGUUUUGGAUCAGUUGGUCAAAACAGAAAUGCCAGAUAUCGUAGCGGAUCAGGCUAGUAUCGAGCACUGCCGCGCUUGCCAAUCCCGAAUUCCGUUCGACUCACCGUGGCAAGCAGCAUGUGACAAUGGCCAUGUUUGGGUGCGAUGCAUGGUAACUUUAAAAAGUGUAAUGGUGCCGCAGGUGCGAGCGUGCCUUGGAUGUGGGCGAAGUAGUCUUAUGGGGCACGGAAACGGGCUAACCAAUACGGUGCUGAGAGAAGUGAGCCAAUGUAUAUAUUGUGGAAAUCGGAUGAGGGGACCCAUGUUUUAGAUGUGUGAGUGUUCCAGGGUAUCAAGUUUCUAAACUUUCAAAUACA